GGCGCCCCCGUUCCUCCUUCCCCCCCUGCGACGCCCCCUCCGCAGCUUGCAGAAAGAAAGGGGCGGGGGAAGGGUGUCUUUUAGCGGGGCAGCCUAGCCUACCUCACAGGGCUGUUGUGACAGAUAAAGGGAAGCGAUUAUUUAUGCCGCCUUGAGCUCCUCGGAGGAAAGAUGCCAGAAAUAAUAUAAAUGCCAGAAAUAAUAUUUGCAGUUCUGGAAGCUGCUGGCCAGACGGACUGCAAAGGAAAUGGGAUCGGCCCGACUCGCGAGAGCCAGCAUGCCCAGUGGGCGGAUUAGGGCCGAGAAGUCCUGGAUUCCAGCCUCUGGUCGCAGCAAUCUUGGGGUGACCUUGGGCGAGCCCGUUCCUUUCAGCCGUACCUACCUUGCAGGGUUGUUGUGAGGAGAAACGUCCAGCGCUUUUAACGAAGCACGUUUCUGUCGCUUGGGGUUCAAAGACGUUAAGAUAGCAGCUCAACAGCCCCUACCAUGUGCUGUCCAACGGAAGGUGCUCCUUCCCCCUGCCAUACUGCAGAUGACAGUAAGGUCUAUGUUUGUUCAGACGCAGGACACUCCAAAUCCAAACAGCUUGAAAUUCAUCCCAGGAAAACCAGUGCUGGAAUCUAGAACUAUAGAAUUCACUUCUCCAGCUUCCACAUAUUGCUCACCCUUGGCAAGACAGCUUUUCAGGAUUGAAGGAGUUAAAAGUGUCUUCUUUGGAACAGACUUUAUCACAGUUACAAAGGAAAGUGAAGAUGUGGAUUGGAACAUAAUGAAACCAGAUAUUUAUGCGACUAUUAUGGAUUUCUAUGCUUCCGGCCUACCUGUCAUUACUGAAGAGGCACCUCGUACAGACACAGCUCCAUCUGAAGAAGAUGAUGAAGUUAUAUUAAUGAUAAAAGAGCUCCUGGAUACUAGAAUAAGGCCAACGGUCCAGGAAGAUGGUGGCGAUGUCAUAUUUAAGGGCUUUGAAGAUGGGAUUGUACAGUUAAAACUGCAAGGCUCAUGCACAAGCUGUCCCAGUUCUAUAAUAACUCUGAAGAGUGGGAUACAAAAUAUGCUGCAGUUCUAUAUUCCAGAAGUAGAAGGUGUGGAACAGGUUGUUGAUGAUAAUGAAGAAGAAGAAAAAGCAAACUUGACCUGAAUCAAGGGCUUUGGACUCUAAGUGAAGAUUAUUUUUCAAGCUGAUUUGUCUAAAUUAGCUACUCACUAUAGAAACAGCUCCAGAAGUCGUCACCCUUUUCUGAACACUGGACUGUAUCCAUCACUGCUUCAUGACUCUAAGGAAACAUGGGAAAGCUAUAGAAAGAGUACUUGUCCUGCUGUUUUCAAAUGCAAAAAGAAGAAAAUGUAUACAUUUUGUUUGGGGAGAAUGUGAUAUUUACAAAAUAUUUUCCCUCUCUGCUGGAUUUAGGUAGCGUCUGUGGUGAUCUUCCUCCAGCCCAUGAAUAAUUAUAUCAAUAUAAAUUAUUGCUUUAUUAUUUUGAGGCUUUCCUGUUGCACAAGCCAUGAACUAAUCAUAUUCAAUUUUUAUCAUUCUUUGUUUUGUUGUGUUAUUAACGUUGCAUAUAUAUCUUGCCCCUACCAAAUGCAAAAUAUUGUAGUGAAUGGAAUCCCCUUUUGUUCUUGGAAUAACCAGCUUUGAUAUUUUAAUUGUGCUCUGAUCAAGACCUUAUGCCUCGCUGAACAACUUACAGUUUUUUAAAACUACUGUUCAUCCAAUAAAACAACAUUGGCAUCUU